UGGAGCGCCUGGAAAAAUAGUUACCGUUAUUAGUUAUCACUGUACCAGAGUUUGAAAUGGCGAAUCUGAAUCGAUCCAAUCCAAAUCCAAUCAAUUCCAACCCAUAUCGGUGUGGAAAAGGGAUCGGUAUUGGAAUUGUGAAUCAGCCCUAGAAUUGAUCCGAUCCAACUGAAAAGAUAAAGAAAAUGAUCAGGAAUAGCCGGAUGCCAAUCCAAUUCCAAUUCAGUCACCAGCAGUUAGGUUCGGUUGGAAUCGGGAUCAAUGUCCUCCUAUUCCAAUCUGAAUCGGGCCAUUCAACGAUCCGAUUAUCGAUUCUUCGAACCUUGCCCUGCCUGCGGUGAUUCAGAAGUAUUGGUAACAGUUCUAUCGAGCUAAUAGGCAGUUAGGGUUGCAUCUGAGACGACUGGUGAGAAUCCAAUAUUUCUCCUGAAAGCUUUAAAGCUCUGAGGUUUUUUGAGUUUCGAAUCAUAUCCAUUAUCCAACUUCGUCUUCUUUAUUUCCUUUCUUCUCAAGCAUUGGAUAUCUGAAACGAAGGAGCCAUGAGAAAAAGAAAACCAUGGCCUUUUGGCAUUUGGGGGAGUUACACGGCAACCAUCUGCUUCCUUUUGCUUACAGAAGCGGGAAUGCUACGCUACUGUACUACAUGUGGAGAGGUCGUAGUUGCUUUUGUAUAUUGUACUCAUGGACGUGCUUGCAUGUCUCUCUGUAACAUCGCAUUUGAGAUGACGCUAGAAGGAAGAAAUCUUUCGAACUCCAAUCCAAAGUACCGUCCAUCUGAUCAUAUUGUCAGAUGGAGUGAGAUGGCAGUGGAGAUUUGAGACGAGAUAGAUGGUUUUCUGCGUUAGCGGAAGAAGGAAUAAGGCACCAUUUCUUUAUAGGGAGUGUAGAGAGCAAAAAUGUGGGCUGAUGGGAGAAGAGGGAUACACUUCAGCGAGCUUUACAUGUUUUCUUACCUCCAGUCAUUUCAGUUUGAUGACUCCCUGAUAGGGCAGGAAGGUUACUCGAGGGUUGUCUACUGCAACGACCCCGAUAAUCCUGAAGCAUUACAACUCAAAUACAGGGGAAACUAUGUCUCCACCACCAAGUAUACUGCACUUAAUUUCAUCCCCAAGUCUUUGUUUGAGCAGUUUAGAAGGGUUGCGAACAUAUACUUUCUUGUGGUGGCUUGUUUUUCCUUUUCUCCAUUGGCACCUUACCGGGCUGGCAGCAUUGUUUUACCUCUUGUGGUAGUGAUCGGAGCUACAAUGGUCAAGGAGGCUGUUGAAGACUGGAGGCGUAGGAAGCAGGAUAUAGAGGCCAAUAAUCGUACCGUGAAAGUUUAUGGGAAGGAUCAUACUUUCCAGGAAACUAGGUGGAAGAAUCUACGGGUUGGGGAUCUCGUCAGGGUGGAGAAGGAUGAAUUCUUUCCUGCUGAUCUGCUUCUGCUUUCUUCAAGUUAUGAUGAUGGAAUUUGUUAUGUUGAGACCAUGAACCUUGAUGGUGAGACAAACUUAAAAGUCAAGCGAUGUUUAGAAGCAACAGCUGCAUUGCAUGAUGACUUCUCGAAAUUUAAAGCAAUUGUGAAAUGUGAAGACCCAAAUGAACACUUGUAUUCCUUCAUUGGAAAUUUUUAUUUUGGUGACAGACAUUAUCCUCUCUCACCUCAUCAGAUCCUUCUGAGAGGUUCAAAGCUUCGAAACACUGAUUUUAUCUAUGGAGUGGUUAUUUUUUGUGACCAUGACACGAAGGUAAUGCAGAAUACGAUAAAUCCUCCUUCCAAGAGAAGUAAGGUUGAAAAGAAAAUGGACAAGAUAGUCUAUUUUCUUUUCAGUGUCCUGGUUUUGAUUUCUUCUAUUGGAUCUGUUCUCUUUGGUGUUCGAACUAAGAAUGAUAUUAGUGGGGAAAGGUAUAAAAGGUGGUAUCUUAGACCAGAUUCUACAACUGUAUUUUUUGACCCAAGAAGAGAUUCUUUAGCAGCAUUUUGUCAUUUCUUGACUGGUCUUAUGUUGUAUGGAUAUUUGAUUCCAAUAUCCUUGUAUGUAUCCAUUGAAGUUGUGAAGGUUUUACAGACUAUAUUUAUCAACCAAGACAAGGAUAUGUAUUAUGCGGUCACAAAUAAGCCAGUCCGUGCCCGCACCUCAAAUUUGAAUGAGGAUCUUGGUCAGGUUGAUACUAUACUUUCUGACAAAACAGGUACAUUGACAUGCAACUCUAUGCAGUUUGUUAAAUGUUCCAUAGCUGGUACUGCUUAUGGCCGUGGGAUAACUGAAGUGGAGAAGACUAUCAAAAUAAGGGAAAAAAAUGGCUCUCCUGAAUCUGUUGAGGCAUAUUUUGAUAUAGAGGAGCGUAGUGGCAAUGUUACGGACUCAAUAAAGUCAAUCAAGGGUUUCAACUUCAGGGAUGAACGUAUCAUGGAAGGGAAGUGGAUAAAUGAACCUUGUGCAGUUGUCAUACAGAAUUUCUUUCGUGUGUUAGCAAUCUGCCAUACUGCCAUUCCUGAUGAAGAUAAGGAUUCACAUGAAAUUUCUUAUGAAGCGGAGUCACCAGAUGAAGCUGCUUUUGUCAUAGCUGCAAGGGAGCUUGGCUUUGAAUUCUAUGAAAGGAGACAGACUAGUAUAUUAUUGCGUGAAUUAGAUCCUAAGGCUGGUAAAAAGGUUCAUAGAGAAUAUAAGCUUCUUCACAUCUUAGAGUUUAGUAGUUCCCGCAAGAGAAUGUCAGUGAUAGUGAGGAAUGAAGAGAAUCAGUUGUUACUCCUUUGCAAGGGUGCAGACAGUGUAAUGUUUGAAAGGCUCUCAAAGGCUGGGCAGAUAUUUGAGGUUGAGACAAAAGAUCAUAUUGACAGAUAUUCCGCGGCAGGUUUAAGAACCAUGGUAAUUGCAUAUCGUCUACUGGAUGAACAAGACUACGCAAUAUGGAGAGAGGAUUUCUUUAAGGCCAAAACAUCUGUCUCUGCUGACCGCGACACACUGGUGGAUGCUGCAGCGGAUAAGAUCGAGAGGGAAUUGAUACUUCUUGGUGCUACAGCUGUUGAAGACAAACUGCAAAUGGGGGUUCCUGAGUGCGUCGAGAAGCUUUCCCAGGCUGGGGUUAAAAUAUGGGUCUUAACUGGUGACAAGAUGGAAACUGCAGUUAAUAUUGGGUACGCAUGUAGGUUGCUGAGGGAAGAGAUGUGUCAGAUUGUGAUUACACUAGAUGGACCAGAUAUGAUUGCCUUGGAGAAACAAGGAGACAAGGAAGCCAUUGCAAAGGCUUCCUGUGAGAGUGUAACAAAGCAAAUACGAGAUGGAAAAUCUCGGCUAAUUUCUUCUAGACAAAGUUGUGUUUCAUAUGCUUUGAUAAUUGAUGGUAAGUCUUUGACCUUUGCCUUGGCGGAGAAUCUAGAGAGCUUGUUUCUGGAGCUCGCAAUUAAUUGUUCAUCUGUUAUUUGUUGUCGAUCAUCACCAAAACAGAAAGCGCUUACAUUGCAGGUUACCAGAUUGGUGAAAAAGGUAACAGGCAAAACAACAUUAGCAAUUGGUGAUGGGGCAAACGAUGUUGGCAUGCUUCAAGAAGCUGACAUAGGUGUUGGCAUCAGCGGUGUGGAGGGAAUGCAGGCUGUUAUGGCUAGUGAUUUUGCAAUUGGUCAGUUCUGUUUUCUGGAACAUCUGUUGCUGGUACACGGCCAUUGGUCUUACAGGAGAAUAACCAUGAUGAUAUGUUACUUUUUCUACAAAGACAUUACAUUUGGUUUAACCCUGUUUUGGUUUGAGACUUAUGCAUCUUUCUCCAGUCAACCUGCUUAUAAUGAUUGGUGCAUGUCCUUCUACAAUGUCUUCUUCACUUCGCUUCCUGUUAUUGCACUUGGUAUCUUUGAUCAGGAUGUUUCUGCAAGCCUCUGUCUCGAGUACCCUCAGAUAUAUCAAGAAGGUUUACAAUUCUUCUUCAGCUGGGCUCGUAUACUUGCUUGGAUGUUUAAUGGGGUUACAAGUUCUGCUAUUAUCUUCUUCUUCAUCACUAGCUCGGUCAUUCACCAGGCCUUUCGGAGAGAUGGACAAGUGGCUGGGUAUGAUGUCCUCGGGGUCACAUUGUAUACUUGUGUUGUGUGGACUGUAAACUGCCAGAUGGCUCUGGUCAUCAACUACUUUACAUGGAUCCAACACUUCUUCAUCUGGGGCAGCAUCAUCUUCUGGUAUAUCUUCUUGGUUAUUUAUGGGUUUCUUCCACCAACAUUAUCUACAACAGCAUACCGGGUUCUUGUGGAAGCUUGUGCAUCGAGUCCUCUCUACUGGUUGGCCACCUUCUUUGUUGUUGUGUCUGCAUUAAUACCUUAUUUUCUCUGCAAGGCUCUUCAAAUCCAAUUCUUUCCUAUGUAUCACAGCAAAAUUCAUAGAGCACAUUUAAAAAGAUGAGGCUCAAGGUUCUUUGGGUUCUGUGCUGGGAUUGAGGACACAGUUCGGCAUCAUUGGGUAGAAGGAAGAUUAAUCUUAAGCCAAAUGAUAUAAACCUGAACUCCAAGCUUGGGCAUUUGUUUUUAUAUAACACAAUUGAGUUUGAUUUCACAAUCUAUGGUCACUCACACUGACACCAGAGUUGAUGGCAUCGUUCAUGGCAGCAUAUCAUUUUCUUUUGCCAAAGUACAAUGCCCAUAUUGAUUGGAAUCCAACCUUUUGCUCAA